AUGUCAGAUUUAUCAGAAAAGGUAGGCGCUCUUGCAUCUAGAAAAGCUGGUAUCAUCAUCACCAAAUAUCAUCUCCAUCCAAAAUUUCUAGUAUCUAAAUAUGCCAUGGUGCUAUAUGCAAUAGCUAUGAAUUUGACUCAUGUGAUAUUGUUUGCUGUUUUCAGUAAAGAUGAUGGUGGUGACGUUAGUAUCUAUUCACUUUUAGGGUUGGUGCUGGAUACUAUUGCGUUCUUGAUGAUUGCAUUCAAUAGAGAAUCCAUAAAGGCAAAGUUGAAUAAGCAGAAGUAUGCAUUACUUCGAAAAGUUUUGAGAAUCUUUCAAGCAAUAUGGGUUACAUUCCAUGGUAUAAUGGUUGUUUUGAAGGUGGUUUACUCAGCGGCUUCACUAACCGCUCCAUAUUAUACUGGAAGCUUAGCAAAUAACAAUGAAGAUUAUGUUACAGCUCUUGCUGUUUUUGCUGUGGCAUCAUUAUUUUGUGAUUGUAUUGUGUUCAUUCUCUUGGUGAACGUGUUGUACAUUAAAGCUUCUUUCCAAGCAUCAAGAUUUGUAUUAUUAGUUGUUUCAAUAUUCCAAUUCCUGCUCAAUAUUGGUGUCGUCCAAGUUACAAUCACUUCUUUAAAAGAGUCAGACUUGAGUAGUCUUAAAUCUCAAAAGUUUUUCCAACAAGAAACUGCAUUAUUUUUCCAUACAAGUGCUUUUGUUGUAUGUCUUUCAAUAUUGGGUGUUUAUGUUUCAAUUAUGGAUGUUGAUGAACAUCAUAAAUUAUUAAAAGUUACCAAGAAAUUUUUCACAUUUUUCAAAGUUUAUGGAGUCAUUGCAUUCCUUUUUGCUAUGGCAUCUUUUGUUUGUUCAUUGGCAACCAUUUCAAAACCUUACUACAAACAUGUUGUCAAUAGAAAAGUUGCUCCAGUGCUAUUUGGUAUUAUAAUGGGUACUUGUGUCACUAUAUUGGUUUCUGCAUCAAUUUAUAUGAGACCACCAUCCAAAAAGAAUAAAUUGAAAGUGGAAGAGAUUGAUCUAUCAAUGUUGACUAAAGCUCAGAAGGCAGAGUUUGCAAAACUAAUUACUUAUAAUCACAAUAGUAAUUCAGGAAUAAGCGGAGAAGCUGCCUUGUCUUUAAUGGAAUCAUAUGCUUUAUCAGUUCUAGAUGGUAUGUCUUGCAAAGUUUUAAGGGUUUACAAAGAAAAUGUUGAUUCAAAACUACCUUCUUAUGAGAAUUAUAAAGCUUGGGAUCUAUUAGAUAGACAAAAUAUGAUCUUUGAUGAUGAUUUUGAAGUUUUAGGGUCUGUGGAAACUUUGGUUGGAGAUGCUAAACCUUUAUCAAAGAACCAGUUGAAGAAGUUACAGAAAAAGAAGGAUAAGACUAAAGGGACUGCUCUUUUCACAUCAGAAAACAUCUGUACAGAAGAUGACUAUGCAAAAGCAAAGAUCUUUUAUGAAAAAUUAAUUUCAACUGAAGCUUUAGUUUUAUUAACUCUAAUUGAAAACUAUGAUAUGACUGAAGCCGUACCAGGUUACUUUGGAAGAGUCUUGUCGAGAUUCUUUGGUAAAGAUUCCCUUUUGAAGUUAUUAACUAUACGUUUUGGGUUAUUGGGGUUCCAUUGGCCUUUUAGAAGAGCUACUUUCUAUUGCAGUACCACCAAGAAACCAGUUGCUCGUUCAGCUGCUGUUAUGGAGGCUAUUACUGAUUGGAACUCAUCUCUAAAAAGUGGUGAGAAAUGUUCAAUGAUUUUAGAUCCAACUUAUGAUAACGAUCAAAGUUCAAAGGCAAUUGAGGCUAGUGGUUGGAAUCAGGUUGCAUUACCAGCAUCUCAUGUCAUUGAUUUGAGACCUUAUAAAAACAAGUCACUUAAAUUUUAUUUGAAGCAGAUCAAAUAUAGAAAUACUGAUACUAAGUUUUCUGAGAAUGGAGGUGAGACUAUUGAAACUUUUGAGUUUACUGAACAACAUUCACAUCAAGUCAUUGACUUAUGGAAGAACAUUGCUGCUAAGAGAACAACUGGUGGUAACACUUCUGUUUUGAUUGAUCCAAAUGAAAAGUUCAUCAUGUCUAUGGGUCAAGCCAACUCAAAUAGCGAUAGAUCAAUUUUGUUUUUGAAACUUGGUAAUGAUAUCUUGGCCUCAUCAGUUUUAUACAGAUUGGGUGAUACUAUAACGUCAGAUUUACAAGGUAUUGAUUAUUCAAUCGGUAAAGAUUACAAGAUAUAUUUUGUCAUGAUGCAAAAAGUUAUAGAGAUUGCAUUAAAAGAAGGUAAAAGUUUUGUUGAUUUCGGACCAACUACUGAAAAACCAAAAAUGGAUAUAGGAUGUCAGUCUAUCCCAUUAAAAGGUGCUAUAACGGCUCCUAACUUCUUUUUGUCAACAAGUGUCAAAUUUGCGGCUUCAAAGGUACACGUUUAA